CCGCAACGACGACAGUGUCAUUUCACCAUCUUCUCCUUCAGUCCACUUUGUCUACUGCACCCCUCCAUCUCUGCGUUGCCAUGGCUCAAGCAGAAUCAUCAAGACCACGACAGGCGUCCACCUCUGACGACAACCAGAGGCAAAAGAUCCUCGUCACCGGUUGGCGCAAGGCUGGUAAAUCUUCUUGCAUCAAAACCGUCUUCCAGCAUGUCCCAGUCAAGGAUGUGCCCUACAUUGGUAUCACCCAGAAGAUCGAAAAGAUCAACUAUGACACCAUCGUCCCUAUUCAGCUUUGGGACACGCCCUCCAACUUUGACAUUGACCAGCUGGAUGCCCCGCUAGGGUCAUUCUCAACCUUGGUGUAUGUCAUGGACAUGCAGCAAGACGACUCUUAUCAUGAUGCCGUUCGUCAGGCAGUCCACACGAUCAUGCGCGGAUACCUCGCCAACCCCGCAAUGAAGUUCUCAGUCUUCAUUCAUAAGGCCGAGGCCCUGUCAGAGGAUUAUCGCGGAGAAAACUACAGUGAAAUCCAGAGAGCCAUGACGGAAGAGCUGGAAGACUUUCAGUAUUCAAGUCUUCAGGCCUACGCUCCGCACCUCGACCUGUCCGACUCUGGAGUAUGCAAUAACAUCUUCAACCACAUGGUCGCUGAAAUCAAGUUCGACAUGACCAGCGUGCACGAUGUUUCCCUCCGAGACGCCUGGAGCAAGGUGCUCCAAGGCAUAAUGGAGAUGCUCCCGGCGGUUGAGGCCCUCCUUCUCAACUUUACCGAGACUUCGGGCAUGGACAACUCGUACCUGUUUGACAUUGCUUCUGGUGUUGUCCUUGCCACUGAUAAUCGCCACCGCAACGACGCCACGAUGGAGCAAGUCACAGAGUACCUCUCCCGGUUCCUUCAGUUCCGAGAAAUUUAUAGGCAUCUGGCACCGUCGGCUGCCAAGUCGUCGCCAAAAGCCGACCUUGAGGCUUCCGAUGGGCCUGACGGGGCCCAGCCAAAAGCGUGGUGGGACGACGAGGACACCGAGGCGCCGUGGAUGACCCAGGCUACAAGGUUGCUGCCAAACACUACCAUCGCAUUGUGGCAAUUCACCCCGCAGCUGGCUCUGGUCGUUCUCCUUCGCACCGACACAUGGCACGCCAGGCGAGGAAUGAUUGAGUACAACCUGACAUUCCUGCGCCAGGGUGUCAGGCGCAUUCUGAUGGAGGUGUAGCGAGUCUUGUCCUUUUUUUUGUUUGUACAGGCCAUGUUAGAGGAGGCGCGGCUUGAUGCAUGCAGCCUCCGGAUAUGAUGAUGAACUUGAUGCCCC